CGUCUAUCCAUAUCCAGGAGGGAAAAUUCACGGGUUCACGUGUGUCUGUGUAUCGCUAGCAGCCGUCGAUUUGGUGGGAACCUGUCAAACGGAAUAGUUACUCUUUUUUGUUAUGGGCAGAAAGCGGCAAAGGAAAAGGCAAGGGAAAGCACCCAGAGCAGAAAAACCUCAAAAGGUUCACGAGAAUGGCGGGCCUCCUUUGUACACCGAGAUUAACAGGAGCAACGAAGCCUUCGAGAAGUACUACAAGGCACAGGAUAUAGUUCCAGAAAAAGAAUGGGAUGACUUCAUGGCUGCUCUACGUCGUGGAUUGCCUGUUGCAUUCAGAAUUACAGGCUUUCUUCCGGAAUCUAAACACUUGCUGAAUGUAAUCAAAAGUCAGUACUUUACUGAACUACUAAAUGUUGGAGGAGAUGAAGUAAAGGCUGGGAGACCAUCCAAUCUGACAUGGUAUCCAAAUGAACUGGCAUGGCAACUUGAUUUGUCUCGCAUCAUGAUACGGAAAUCGGAGGCAUAUGCACGGCUCCACAGUUUCUUGAUAUCAGAAACAGACACCGGUAACAUUACACGACAAGAAGCAGUAAGCAUGAUUCCGCCUCUUCUGCUUGACAUCCAGCCCCACCACAAGGUUCUGGACAUGUGUGCUGCUCCUGGCUCCAAAACAGCUCAGGUGAUGGAGAUGCUGCAUGGGCAUGUGAACACGAUCCCAGAAGGAGUUGUGGUGGCCAAUGAUGUGGACAACAAGCGCUGCUACAUGCUGGUGCAUCAAGCUAAGCGGCUACACUCCACCUGCUGCCUUGUUACUAACCAUGAUGCAGCUGCCAUGCCAAACAUGUAUCUUUCCAAAGAGGAUGGAUCCCAAGAGGUUUUAAAAUACGACAGAAUCCUUUGCGAUGUCCCUUGCUCUGGAGAUGGGACUUUACGAAAAAACAUUGACCUGUGGAGGAAAUGGAAUGUGGCUAAUGGAAACAGCAUUCAUGGCCUGCAAGUGCGCAUCGCACGCCGUGGCCUUGAGCUUUUGGUUGAAGGAGGCAUAAUGGUGUACUCAACAUGUUCUAUGAACCCCUUGGAGAAUGAAGCAGUCAUUUCAAGCCUUUUGCUCCAGUGUGAAGGAACGGUAGAGCUGGUUGAUGCCAGGAGCAGUUUGCCGGGCUUAGUGAGCAGCCCAGGCCUCUGUACAUGGAAAGUUUCCAGUAAAGAUAUGGCAGUUUACUCUUCAUUUGAUGAAGUUCCAGAGAGAUACCACACACAGAUCAGGGCACACAUGUUCCCUCCAUCAUCUGAGGUGGCUGCGCAACUGAAAUUGGAGCGCUGCAUAAGAAUCCUUCCUCACCAGCAAGACACGGGUGCAUUCUUUGUUGCUGUACUAAAGAAAACGGCACCAAAACUGCCAUGGGAAUCUCAAAACAAAGACAAAGGCGUGGGAAAGGCUCCUGUCAGUCAUGAAGAAAAGCAGGAUACUAAAGAGGAGGACAAAAGUGUAGCCCCAAGGAAGAAACGAAGGAUCCAGGGUUACAAGGAAGAUCCUUUUGUGUUCCUUUCAGAAGAUGACAAGAUUUGGAAAGCAGUACGAGAUUUCUAUGAAGUGGACCCAGCUUUCCCAAACCAGCAGCUGUUGGGCCGAUGUCAACAGGAAAAUAAGCGCAACAUCUAUCUUGUGUCUAAGACCGUGAGGAACAUCAUUGAAUUGAACCGUGAAAGAAUUAAGAUCAUCAACACGGGUGUCCGGGUUUUUUGUCGUUGUGAGGGCAAAGAAGAGCUGGCAUGUGACUUCAGGGUUUGCCAAGAGGGCCUUCCUACAGUGCUGCCUUACUUGAACAAGAGAAAGCUGACUAUGAGCAGGCAAGACCUUUACGUGCUGCUUACAGAGGAAUAUCCACUGGAGUCACAGUUUUCACCUGAACUUCAGGAGCAGCUGAAAGACCUUGAAAAGGGAUGUGUGCUGCUUGUCUACACCUCAUUUCCAGGGACUGCAGAUGAAUUCCAGCUAGUCCUGGCUGGGAGAAGAGGAAAGGCAACACUGAGGUGUUAUGUAGCUAAGCAAGAAAGGGUGCACUACCUUCGUGUGUGUGGCUACGACGUUUCUGAGUAUGAAAAGCGUGACAGAAAGAAAAAGCCAGAGGACAGCCUCAAUAUGGAGGUUUUGGGAGCUGGAGACUCCGCCAAAGAUGCACAAGAAGCAACGCAAGAGAAAACAGAAGAGAGUUGUAAAGCACAAAAUAAUGACUGAGCACAUUUUUUAUAGCUAUUAGAACAUCCAUUUGCUGUGGCCUUUCUUACUUGUUUGGGACCAUGGUCUGUAUCUCACAAAGAGUGACUUAAAAAUGAUAUCACAACAUGAGGUUCUGCUGAUGAUGUGUGCUGUGUCUGGUAAGCCGUAUUGUGUAGGAGCUUUGCUGUAUUGAUAAUGUGGCCUCCAGGCAGCAGAUUCUAGUAACUUUUCCUUGAACUCAAAGCACCGACUGGCAUCUAAAAUGGUGUAAAACACCUGCACCUGACAUCGAUUCAUAGUGCUGCACAUAGUCCAUUUGUAGUUAAAUAUUUAAGAUAAUUCAGUUACCUUUUUUUUAUUGUUUUAGCUCUACCUGACAAACUUGCCUGCUUUUAAUGAAGCUCUGGAGAAUUAUUUUGACUAAAUCAUUUUACUUCAAAGGGCUCUUUGUACAAUCUUAAGUCUAAAGCAAAAAUAAUAAUUGAUAUGUACAUACAAAACUUGCUAACUUAAUUAGAAAUUGAAGCAGAUGCAUUUCAGUCAACUAGUGACGCCAUAACACUAGCAAUGAGAGCAGCAGUUUUUUUAAAUGUGUACUGGAAGUCAAGGUGGCUGUUUUGCCACAGACAGCACCUGUGCCUUCAGUCGGCGUCAUUUUGGGACAGAUGCCAAUGGAUCCCAAAGGCGCACGCUGGCUAGGUGAGAGCUGAACAGGUUUGCCUGAUGUUGGCUUACUACAUUGUGAGGAUGAAAGGGUAGGCAGCUGCCAGAAAAUUGAGUUGGGUUACAUUGCUCUUAGUUUGGAGAAACAGCUUGGAGAGGGGAGGGGGAGCAAGAAGGGGGUAUUCAGAGAGUCAAGGCAUGCUUCAAGUUGAAGCAGCAGGCAAUGUCCCUUGUGCUACCAUUGACUCAUUAUUUUGAUAUCUCAAUGUUUAGUUGUGCCUGCUGUUACUUUUUGCAUUUGUUGAGUUUAAGGGAGAAAAUGUGUAGAGUGUGCACGCAACCAACUGCAGUAAACAUCAUCUCAUGUCA